AUGGAAAGGACCAACUGGACAACUGAACUUGAGUUCAUUCUGCAGGGACUUUCUGAGUGCCCCAGAAUUGAAAAGGUCCUUUUUGUGAUAUGCUUGGUGAUGUAUCUAGUAACCCUCCUCGGGAACAGCACCUUGAUCACCCUAACGCUCCUGGAUUCCUGCCUCCACACGCCCAUGUACUUCUUCCUUGGUAAUCUUUCCUUUUUAGACAUCUGGUUCACCUCCUCUUUUAUCCCUUCAAUGCUGAUACACUUCCUAUCAGAGAACAAGACCAUAUCCUUCAUGAGAUGUGUUGUUCAAAUGUCUGUCUCUUAUGCUAUGGGGUCCACAGUGUGUGUGCUCCUGGCAGUGAUGGCAUUUGACUGUUACAUGGCCACCUGCAACCCUCUGAGGUACCCCAGAGUCAUGAGCAAGUCCCUGUGUGUCCAGAUGGCGGCUGGGUCCUGGGCACUAGGCUUUCUCAACUCACUGACAGAAACUCUGCUCACCGUACGGUUGGCCUUCUGUGGAAGAAAUGUCAUUAAUCAUUUUACUUGUGAAAUAUUGGCCUUUAUCAAGCUGGCUUGCACAGAUAUUACCUUGAAUGAGAUUGUAAUCAUGCUGGGCAACGUAAUAUUUUUGCUUACUCCAUUACUGCUGACUUGUAUCUCCUACAUGUUCAUCCUUUCUACUGUACUGAGAAUCAAUUCAGCUGAAGGAAGAAAAAAGGCUUUUUCCACCUGCUCAGCACACAUGACAGUGGUGACUCUGUAUUAUGGGACAAUCCUCUUCAUGUACAUGAAGCCAAAGUCCAAAGACCCCACUUCUGACAAACUGAUUGCUCUGUUCUAUGGAAUUGUCACUCCAGUGCUGAAUCCUAUCAUUUAUAGCCUGAGGAACAUGGAGGUGCAUGGGGCUGUGUGA